AUGUCAACAGCCCUCCCAGCAGCAGGAAUCCUGCCCUUGGAAGGCGUUCGGGUUCUUGAUAUGACCAGAGUCCUCGCAGGACCUUAUUGCACGCAGAUUCUAGCAGACCUUGGAGCAGAUGUCAUAAAAAUUGAGCACCCGUUGCGAGGCGAUGAUACGAGGGCUUGGGGUCCUCCAUUCGCCAAGUACCAGGAUGAGUCCAAAGAAGGACCCGGUGAAAGUGCCUAUUACCUUGCGGUCAACAGGAACAAAAAGUCCAUCGGCUUAUCAUUCGCACAUCCCUCGGGUGUGGAUAUCCUGCAUAAUCUUGCAAAGCAAUGCGACAUCCUCGUAGAAAACUACCUCCCCGGAAGCCUAAAGAAAUACGCCAUGGACUAUGAAACGCUCAGCAAGAUCAACCCAAAGCUGAUAUACGCAAGCAUAACCGGAUACGGGCAAACAGGACCCUAUAGCAAUCGCGCUGGAUACGACGUCAUGGUAGAGGCGGAAUUUGGGUUGAUGCAUAUCACGGGCUCUCGAGACGGGCCUCCGGUGAAAGUGGGUGUUGCAGUGACUGAUCUUACCACCGGCCUUUAUACAUCAAAUGCUAUCAUGGCUGCGAUAAUCGCACGCGGGCGCACGGGUAAGGGUCAGCACAUUGACGCUUGCCUAAGUGAUGUCCAAGUCGCUACGCUCGCGAAUCUGGCGAGCUCGGCCCUGAUCAGCGGUGAAAAGGACUCGGGGCGCUGGGGGACUGCACAUCCUUCUAUUGUCCCGUAUCGAAGCUACAAGACUCUGGACGGCGAUAUUCUCUUUGGCGGUGGAAAUGACCGACUUUUUGGCGUUCUUAGCGAUCGGUUACAACGUCCUGAAUGGAAGACGGACGAUCGAUUCGUAACAAACAGCGCCAGAGUGAAAAAUAGACUCGAAAUAGACGGCAUGAUUGAAGAGAUCACGAAAAAAAAGACCACACAAGAAUGGCUCGAGAUCUUCGAAGGCAGUGGCAUGCCCUAUUCUGCCGUGAACGAUAUCCAGGGCACACUGAAUCAUAAACAUGUCCAAGCUCGAAAUAUGGUCACCGAGGUCGACCAUCCAGCAUGCGGUCCUAUCAAGGUCGUCAACACUCCGAUCAAGUACUCUCAUGCCAAACCCGGUGUUAGGACGCCACCACCAACCCUGGGUCAGCACACUGAUGAGAUUCUUCGGGAUCUUUUGCAUUAUCGAGAGGAAGAUAUCGCCUCAUUGAAGCAAGACGGUGUCGUAUCAUAG